UCGGGUGUCGCCUGAGAACCGGAUGAGGCGGCGACCGUGAGGCCGAGCCGGGAGCGGGCGUCGCGCCGAGGCCCGGGCGGGCGGGGAGCAACGGCCGCAGACGCCGCGGGGCCGGGGGGUCGUUGAGGGCCGGGGCGGGGGGGACGGGCGUGGAGCGCGGGGCGCUCGGGCCGGCGCCAUGGGCAACCGCGGGAUGGAGGAGCUGAUCCCGCUGGUCAACAAGUUGCAGGACGCCUUCAGCUCCAUCGGCCAGAGCUGCCACCUGGACCUGCCGCAGAUCGCCGUGGUGGGCGGCCAGAGCGCCGGCAAGAGCUCGGUGCUCGAGAACUUCGUGGGCCGGGACUUCCUUCCCCGUGGCUCAGGAAUCGUCACCCGGCGGCCGCUCAUCCUGCAGCUCAUCUUCUCAAAAACAGAGUAUGCCGAGUUUUUGCACUGCAAGUCCAAAAAGUUUACAGACUUUGAUGAGGUCCGGCAGGAGAUCGAGGCGGAGACCGACAGGGUCACGGGCACCAACAAAGGCAUCUCCCCGGUGCCCAUCAACCUGCGGGUCUACUCACCGCACGUGCUGAACCUGACCCUCAUCGACCUCCCUGGGAUCACCAAGGUGCCUGUGGGGGACCAGCCGCCGGACAUCGAGUACCAGAUCAAAGACAUGAUCCUGCAGUUCAUCAGCCGGGAGAGCAGCCUCAUCCUGGCCGUCACGCCGGCCAACAUGGACCUGGCCAACUCGGACGCCCUCAAGCUGGCCAAGGAGGUGGACCCCCAGGGCCUGCGGACCAUCGGCGUCAUCACCAAGCUGGACCUGAUGGACGAGGGCACCGACGCCAGGGACGUCCUGGAGAAUAAGCUGCUGCCCUUGAGACGAGGCUACAUCGGCGUCGUGAACCGCAGCCAGAAGGACAUCGAGGGCAAGAAGGACAUCCGAGCCGCGCUGGCGGCCGAGCGCAAGUUCUUCCUGUCCCACCCGGCCUACCGGCACAUGGCCGACCGCAUGGGCACCCCGCACCUGCAGAAGACGCUGAAUCAGCAACUGACCAACCACAUCCGGGAGUCGCUGCCGGCUCUUCGCAGCAAGCUGCAGAGCCAGCUGCUGUCGCUGGAGAAGGAGGUGGAGGAGUACAAGAACUUCCGGCCCGACGACCCCACGCGCAAGACCAAGGCCCUGCUGCAGAUGGUGCAGCAGUUCGGGGUGGACUUCGAGAAGAGGAUCGAGGGCUCGGGAGACCAGGUGGACACGCUGGAGCUGUCGGGGGGCGCCCGCAUCAACCGCAUCUUCCACGAACGCUUUCCCUUCGAGCUGGUCAAGAUGGAGUUCGACGAGAAGGACCUACGCCGGGAGAUCAGCUACGCCAUCAAGAACAUCCACGGAGUCAGGACGGGGCUGUUCACCCCUGACAUGGCCUUUGAAGCCAUUGUGAAAAAACAGAUUGUAAAGCUCAAAGAGCCGAGUUUGAAGUGUGUGGACCUCGUGGUCUCAGAGCUGGCCACGGUCAUUAAAAAGUGUGCCGAGAAGCUCAGCUCCUACCCCCGGCUGCGAGAGGAGACGGAGCGCAUCGUCACCACCUACAUCCGUGAGCGCGAGGGCAGAACCAAGGACCAGAUUCUCCUCCUCAUCGACAUCGAGCAGUCCUACAUCAACACGAACCACGAGGACUUCAUUGGAUUUGCCAACUGUUACUAUACUGAGCAGCUGGUCACCGGUGCCCAGCAGAGGAGCACACAGCUGAACAAGAAGCGAGCCAUCCCCAACCAGGGGGAGAUCUUGGUCAUCCGCAGAGGCUGGCUGACCAUCAACAACAUCAGCCUGAUGAAGGGCGGCUCCAAGGAGUACUGGUUCGUGCUCACGGCGGAGUCGCUGUCCUGGUACAAGGACGAGGAGGAAAAGGAGAAGAAGUACAUGCUGCCUCUGGACAACCUCAAAAUCCGCGACGUGGAGAAGGGCUUCAUGUCCAACAAGCACGUGUUCGCCAUCUUCAACACGGAGCAGAGGAACGUCUACAAGGACCUGCGGCAGAUCGAGCUGGCCUGUGACUCCCAGGAGGACGUGGACAGCUGGAAGGCCUCGUUCCUGCGCGCCGGCGUCUACCCCGAGAAGGACCAGGCGGAGAACGAGGACGGGGCCCAGGAGAACACCUUCUCCAUGGACCCGCAGCUGGAGCGGCAGGUGGAGACCAUCCGCAACCUGGUGGACUCGUACGUGGCCAUCAUCAACAAGUCCAUCCGCGACCUCAUGCCAAAGACCAUCAUGCACCUCAUGAUCAACAGCACCAAGGCCUUCAUCCACCACGAGCUGCUGGCCUACCUGUACUCGGCGGCCGACCAGGGCAGCCUGAUGGAGGAGUCGGCCGACCAGGCGCAGCGGCGCGACGACAUGCUGCGCAUGUACCACGCGCUCAAGGAGGCCCUCAACAUCAUCGGCGACAUCAGCACCAGCACCGUGUCCACGCCCGUGCCCCCGCCCGUCGACGACACCUGGCUGCAGACUGCCAGCAGUCACAGCCCCACCCCACAGCGCCGGCCCGUGUCCAGCGUGCACCCGCCAGGCCGGCCCCCCGCCGUGAGGGGCCCCACGCCGGGGCCGCCCCUGAUUCCCGUGCCCGUGGGGGCGGCAGCCGCCUUCUCCGCGCCCCCCAUCCCGUCCCGGCCCGGCCCCCAGAGCGUCUUCGCCAACAACGACCCCUUCUCGGCCCCGCCUCAGAUCCCAUCUCGGCCAGCGCGGAUCCCCCCCGGGAUCCCCCCCGGCGUGCCCAGCAGAAGACCCCCCGCGGCGCCCAACCGGCCCACCAUUAUCCGCCCGGCCGAGCCGUCCCUGCUCGACUAGGCUGUGGGGGGCGCGUUUUCGGGGUUCAGGAGCUCCAAUGGCCUGGGCCCCCCUGCGCCCCUAAGCCAGCCCCUGCCUCCUCCUGAACUCCGCCCCCUCCCGGGCUGUUCGGGCCCCGGGGCGGUUGCACUUUGGGGACAGGGGCCGCAGGGCGCCAUUGAGAAGGGGGGCCCCCGGCCGUCCCAGCAUAUGUCCGCCUCCGGCCGGCGCCGCCCACUCCUUCCAGGGCCUCCUUAAGCGCCUGCCCCGCCUCGGCCGCCAGCGGUGCCUUUGCCGGGCCGGAACCUCAGCGCGCACCGGCCCCCUGCUCCCCCCGGGUCCCCAGGGUGCCUGAGGCUCGGGACCCUGGGGGUCAGGGAGGCUGUGGGGGGUCAGCCCCGCCGGCCUGGGGUGGCCACUGAAAGUGCCUGCAGUCUGUACCUAUGAAUAAACUUAAUAAAGGGAAGAACAUUCUGGC